CACCACUCACUUCCUUCUUUAACACAGUACCUUAACAUCUUUCAAUAGAGCUCAUCCAUGGCUGCUUCAACAAUGGCUCUCUCUUCCCCAUCUUUUGCAGGGAAGGCAGUGAAACUCUCUCCAUCUGCCUCAGAGAUUCAGGGUAAUGGAAGAGUCUCCAUGAGGAAAAGUAUCUCCAAGUCCAUCUCAUCCGGCAGCCCGUGGUACGGCCCGGACCGUGUCAAAUACUUGGGCCCAUUCUCCGGUGAGCCCCCAAGCUACCUGACCGGUGAAUUUCCCGGUGACUAUGGGUGGGACACUGCUGGGCUUUCGGCUGACCCAGAAACCUUUGCCAAGAACCGUGAGCUUGAGGUGAUCCACUGCAGAUGGGCCAUGCUCGGAGCUCUCGGGUGUGUUUUCCCCGAGCUCUUGGCCCGAAAUGGCGUGAAGUUUGGAGAGGCCGUGUGGUUCAAGGCCGGAGCCCAAAUCUUCAGCGAGGGUGGACUUGACUACUUGGGUAACCCAAGCUUGAUCCAUGCUCAAAGCAUUUUGGCUAUUUGGGCCUGUCAGGUUAUCUUGAUGGGUGCUGUUGAGGGCUACCGUAUUGCUGGAGGGCCACUCGGCGAGGUCACCGACCCACUCUACCCCGGUGGCAGCUUCGACCCGUUGGGCCUUGCCGAAGACCCGGAGGCAUUUGCUGAGCUAAAGGUGAAGGAGAUCAAGAAUGGUAGACUUGCCAUGUUCUCUAUGUUUGGGUUCUUUGUCCAGGCCAUUGUGACUGGAAAGGGCCCAUUGGAGAACUUGGCUGACCACCUUGCUGACCCUGUUAACAACAAUGCUUGGGCUUAUGCUACAAACUUUGUACCCGGAAAGUGAAUGUAAUGAGAGAGAUUGCUUUGCUUGGUGCUCAUGUAAAUUUAUUGUGAACGAAUGGGGAAAUAUAAUUUGAAUUUUGUGUGCCA